CGUCCAUCGCUACCGACAUCACGGAUCAUGGCGGCGCCCACGGCGUCGUAGCGUGUUUUCGUGUGUUGACAGAAGUAUUCGCGAUGUCUUCGUUCACAAAAGCUGCAAAAGCGAACCAGCGCGUUCACAAAGAACGGCAGCAGCCUGAAAGUAGGAAGCAUUUAGGAUACCUUGAAAAGAAAAAGGACUACAAAGUACGAGCGAGAGACUUCCAGAACAAGCAGCAAAAGCUAAAACGUCUGCAGCAACGAGCUCUUUCUAGGAACCCCGAUGAAUUCUAUUUUCACAUGAUCAACUCCAAGAUAAAGGAUGGGGAACAUCACGAGAGAUUGAAAGGAGAAGAAUUCACAGACACACAGCUGAAGCUCAUGCAGACGCAAGAUUUGAAUUAUAUCACUAUGAAGCGUAACGCAGAGAGCAAGAAAAUAGACAAGUUGCAAGCCAGCUUGCAUUUCCUGGAGGCUGACACCGGAGUAAAAAACAAACACACCUUCUUUGUGGACUCAAAGAAAGAAGCAAAAAAUUUUGACUUUGCAAAGCGUCUGGAAACACAUCCUGCUAUGCUUGAUCGGACGUAUAACAGACCAAGGAUCGAAACACUCCAGGAGAAACAUUUGGGAGAGGUCUCUGAUGAUGUCCUCAAGGAAGCCAGAAGGGAAAUGAAGAAGAGCUAUCACGAACUCACAAAAAGAAUCGGAAGGGAGAAAGAGUUGGCAGUCGUGGAGGCCAAGAUGGAGAUGAAGAAGCGAUUGCUCGACAGGAAGCAACCUCCUAUCAAGAAAGUAAAGGAUGGCACAAAAGUGUCAGCACCAAUAUAUCUGUGGAAAAAAGAAAGGAAGCGAUAAAUAAAGGAACGAUACGCUCUCA